GGUCAAGUGAAUAAAUGAAUUCACCGGUAUUCUUUCUUAGUAUCCUUGAAAGUAGCUCAGUACAAAACUUUCUGGAAUUUGUAAAAAAGCCAUGUCGGACCCUUUUUUCACGCGUCCGGAACAUAGAAAGAGAAAAGCAAGGAAUGCAGCACAAAAAAAAUCUACUGCCAGUAAAAAAAAGCCACAAAAUGAAUCAAGAGAUGAGGAUUUAGCAUCUAUAUCUUCAGAGUCAGAUAUUGAAAGAGAACAAUACGAUCCUGAUGAAGAAAAUGAAGAUGCUCAUGAAAAUGCAGCAGAAAAGCGAUUGCGAAUUGCCAAAGACUAUUUAGACCAGAUAAAAAAUGAGAUUGGUGAAGACGUUGGCUUCAAUGCAGAAGAUGUGGAUCGUGAAUUACUUUCUGAGCGUUUACAAGAAGAUGUUUUAGAAAAACAAGGAAAGAUGUAUUUAAAUUAUGCUGAUCGUGUUGAGCCAUCGAUUCAGCAUACUUGCACACAACUACGUGGUCGACACUCGAAGCCUCUUGUUGGACUAAUUAUGAAGGAGGAAUUUAUAUACAGUGCUGAUAAAUCGGGAUUAGUUCAAAAAUGGAAGAUCCUUAAUGAAGAUAGUGAAGGUGGCGUUGAUUCUUCAUCGAAAUUGAAGUUAAGGCCCGUUCGUUUUUCUAUUCCCCAAGGUGGAGACCGGGAUCAUGUGGCAGAAAUUACAUGUUUGACGAUCAGUAACGAUGGCCGGUGGGUGGUGACAGGUGGUCUUGAUCAUCGCAUUGUUGUACGAGACUCUGAAACUUUGACCGCUCAACAUUGCUGGAAGCAUCAUCGAGAUGUGAUAUUAGCUUUGGCAUUCCGAAAGGGAACAAACGAAAUGUUUAGUGCAUCAGCUGAUCGUUCUAUCAAAGUAUGGUCUUUGGACUCUAUGAGUUAUGUCGAAACCUUGUUUGGUCAUCAAGAUAUCGUUUACGACGUCGAUGCCUUCUCGCAAGAACGCUGUAUUACAGUUGGUGGUCGGGAUCGUAGUAGUAGAUUAUGGAAGAUUGUUGAAGAAUCACAGCUUGUGUUUCGGAGCGGAGGCAAUUCGAUUAAAAUGACGGGCGGAUAUAUGGAAGGUAGCGUUGACUGUGUCACUAUGGUGGAUGAAAAUCAUUUCAUUACUGGUAGUGAUAAUGGUGUUAUCGCCUUAUGGUCUUUACAGAGAAAGAAGCCAGUUUACACUUAUCCUUUGGCACAUGGAUUAGAUACCCCGUUAGCUCCUGAACGGCACUCUGCAGAAAAAACACCAUCGGAGAGCAGCACACCACCACAACCUCGUUGGAUUACUUGCUUGAGAGCUUUACCAUAUGCGAAUUUGUUUGUGUCUGGUUCGUGGGAUGGAACGAUUCGUUUAUGGAAAAUUGCUGAUGGACUUCGUUCGUUCGAACCGGUUGAGUUGGAAAGGCCUUUGGCAACAAAGAGCAUCAUAAAUUCCUUAUCACUUUCGAUUCAAGGAAGAAAAGGACAUGAACAGUUAUUGGUUUUGGCUGCAUGCGGUCGAGAGUUUCGCUAUGGUCGGUGGAAGAAUAUCCGAAAUGUGCCUAACGUUGGCUAUAUUUUCCAAAUUCCGUUACAAUCGGCUUCAGCUUUGCAGACGUCCAAUGGAACUGCAUCAGCGUAAUUAUAAAAAAAAGGGCGUAAUUUAGGUACUGGUUUGUUUUGUAUUUUUCUUCACACAAAAAAAGAGCUUUCUAAAUAUCUCUACAAUAAUGUAUGGAUUGGAAAAUCGGUUGGAUUGUUAAUGAGUACAAUAA